CGGCUUGCCGAGCACCCUCGUGCAUUCUUAGCUCUUGGAGGCAUUCUGCAUGCAUAUUCACUAUAUCUCGAUACAAUUGUGAUGGCCUUAUGAUUUACUGUUCGACACACUAGCACAGCCCUUGGAAUUGUGGAUCUGGUCUCCCUGCCAUGGACAACCUGAAUGUUCGGGAGCUCGUUGAGCGCUUGAGCAGCGAUGAAGAGUCGGUGCGAAAGAUGGCAGUGUUCAAAUUGCAAUCUGCCAUUGGGGACCCCUCGUUUGCAGACGUCUUCAUUAACGAAGGCGGCCUACCCAAACUCCGAUUUUUGGCUCUACAUUCCACGGGGAACACUCUGGCAUAUUGCCUGACAUCUCUAUCGCGACUCUUGGAGCUUGACAAGGGCUGGGACCAUGUCACGGAUGAUCUUAUCAAAAGAGUUGUGGAACUCGUCGUCGCACAACCGCUCGUUAACGUCAAUCGAGGCGCGAUGUCUGUCCUCGCAGCCAUUGUCGGUCAUCCUCACCAUCGCAAUUCUCAGCCCGGAAUGACUGGCUUUCAGCGACUAAAGCCUGCUGUAGAACUCCAUCCCCAAUUCCUCCCCAUGCUCGUCGAAAAGAUUACGUCGGCCGACCACGCACUAUGCGCGAAUUCACUCCAGCUCAUUAACUCUCUAAUGCGAGAUGCAAUCGCCAACGACGAAGACUUUGAGUGGCCGCGGUUCAUAAAACAAUUGCAGGAGCUGGGAGUGAUAAAGAGUGUAUACGGGCUGAUGCAAAGCUCGGCCGUGCAAGACUUGGCACACCCGUUGUUGGAAUUUCAGUCGUUGACCAAAGUGCUCCUCAGGAAGUGGAGAGAGGAGAAGGUUGACCUGGAAAAGCCAGACCACCGCAGAGCUAUACGAGGGUUGCACGUUGCGAGCAAUCCGGAGAAGCCAGGAAGCGGAGUGGAUCCGAAGGGAAGCAAGAAGAGCAAUCCUGCGAAAUGGAGGCGACUGGGGUUCGAUACCGAGUCCCCCGCAUGGGAAUUCAAUGCUACUGGCUUUUUAGGACUUAUGGAUCUUACAGAUUUCGUAUACAAGAACGAGGACGGUUUCCAGAAGCUGUUGCUCGAACAGUCCGCUGAACCGCAAGAACAGCGUUGCCCUAUUGCUCGAGCUAGCCUUGCGGUUACGUCCAUCCUUUAUGAGCAUUUUGAAGUUGAGAAGUCCGAUGAAGGCGAUUCCCAUAGAUAUGUGUCCUUGGACUCACGCACUCAUUUUGACAGGGCAUUCAAGCCUCUGCUACUGCAUUGGUCGCGACUACACACCGGUGGACUAAACGCGUUCAUCAGGCUCUGGACAGCAGCUGGAGCAAAAACGGAGGAUUUCGAGAAGAUUGAAGAGCUGGUCAGGAUUUUAGUAGAGCAGAUCGUGGGACAGGCGCCACGUAUAAGGGAGAUUAAAGAUGUAGAAGAGGAAUUGGCCGAUUUCGAAAUCCAGCGACUACGGGAGCUUCAGAUGGAGCUCCUCGAGCUUACAUAUGAGGAUGCAUGGGGACAUCAUUUACGACAAGUUCGGGACGAGCUCAACCACGAAGCCCUUCAAUUCGUCAAAGAACAGCGCAUUAGGUGUCUCCUCCAGGGCGCCUGGUUCCCUCAGGCCAUGAACUACGGCGCUGAUGCUGGCCCCAUAACGAGCAAGACCCUUAGUCGAUCAGUGCCGUCGUCGUGGCGCUUCGUACGAUUGUCCCAUAAUCGUCGAUAUUUGCAUUAUGCCGAUUUCGAAGAGAAGAUGGCAACAGAGCCAAGACUGGAUGCCUUAUCAGAAAAAAUUGAUCUCUCCAUCGUAUCUUCGGUUGUCAGCAACGUGUCGGCGUCGGCCCCCUCGACAUCUUCGUCUGACAGCACGCUGAUGACGCUGCCGGGUCAUGCUUCUACUUCGACAAAGAUUACGAUCCAUGGAUACCUCCCGGCGUCUAGUCACAAGCGAGAUCAUUCCGAUGCCUCAAGCGCAGGUCAGAAGGAAUCAGUCCUUCUGCAACUUCAUCCCCAAAGCCACACUCUUGCAUCCGAAUGGUUGGACGGGCUGCUUAUGCUCCUCAACCAACAGCCAAUCACGGCGGAUACCAACAAGUUGGUGAAUCUGAUCGGCGGCUACGGGUUGAAGAUUCGACUCUUGAACGUAAGGUUUGAAGACGUUGGAAUGGAAGAGCCGGUCUUGCCGAGUCGGGAGGGACUUGACGAUGACUACUACUACGACAUUGGUGGCAUGGAGGCUGGGGUGUGAUGCAAUCUGUGGUACAUUUGCCAUUACUAUUCUCGACCUUCGCUAUUGUUUCAACCUGUUAAGCGUUGGUAACUAGCAGCAACUGCUCGCAACUACCCUUGUAGUAGCAAGGAUCACCUUUUCCGGGCAGGCGCUACUUCGAACACAGUCUGACCUUGGCG